GCUGGGGUGGAAACGUGACAACGCGCUGUAUUUUCGCGUUCGAGUGCGUCAUCGAUGGUCUGUGCGCGCGUCAUCUUCCAAGCAGCCACGAGGGCAUCGCAAUGACAACUGAGUAUCACGCCUAUCACUUUCGCAAAUCCCAUAAACCGACCUCAUGCCACGUAAAGCUACCAAAAGCGCGAGUGCCUCGGCUUCCAGGAGUACCUCCAAACGUCCUGCACCGGAUGUUCCAGCAAGGCAGUCUAAAAGAGCACGGGCUACCGCAAGGAAGUCAUACGUCGAGCCUGAAAGCGACUCGGAUAGCGAUGGAAAUAAACCCAAGACAGCUGCAGCGCUCGACGAUGACGACGAUGACGUUGUAGCUUCUGACUACGAAGAACAUAGCGACAAGGAACCAUCUUCAGAAUCUGAACACGAUGAAACCGCCAGUGAGGACGACCUUGAGGGCAAGCGAGCAACUCCUAGAGGGCGUGUGACCAAGAGCCUUGCCAUACACAAGAAAGCCUCUGACGAGAAGGAGCUAUGGAAACCCGGUGCGAAGCUCGCACCAGGAACACAACUUAUCAUCAAGAAACCAAAGGCUCGGGAUGCAGGCGACACGCCAUACUUGGAUCAUACAAUCCAUCCAAACACGAUGCUGUUCCUUAAGGACUUGACGGCUAACAACGACCGCCAAUGGCUGAAGCUCCAUGACCCUGACUUUAGAGUUUCAUUCCAAGAUUUUACCACUUUUGCGGAGAAGGUAUCCGAGAAGAUCAUCGAGGCAGAUGAGACUAUCCCAGAGCUGCCUGUCAAAGAUGUAAUCUACCGGAUUUACAGAGACAUUCGGUUCUCGAAAGACCCAACUCCGUACAAGACUUACUUUUCUGCGGCCUGGUCACGAACUGGACGCAAGGGACCUUACGCACACUACUACAUUCAGGUGCAACCCAAAGGUGGUAGCUUCGUAGGUGGCGGCUUCUGGCAGCCGGACGCGUCGACUCUCGCCAAAUUGCGACGCGACAUUGACCGCAAACCGCACAAGAUUAAGGCCGUAUUGACAGACUCCGGUAUUCGAGGGGCUUUUCUGGGUGGUGUUAAAGAUGACAAGAAGAAGGCCGUGAGGGCUUUCACGGGUCUGUCGAUGAAUCAGUCGAAUGCUCUGAAACGCAAUCCCAAGGGAUAUGACCAUGAUCACAAAGAUAUCGAACUUAUGCGGCUCCGCAAUUUCACCAUGGGGCGGAAGCUCGCAGACGAUGAAAUCGUUGGUCCUGGGGGCUUGGAGCGAGUGGGUGAACUCAUAGCCAGUUUGGUACCCUUUAUCACCUAUCUGAACAGCGUCGCGAUGCCCGACGACGACACGUCAGACUCGAGCGACGACGAAGGAAGCGAUGCCGAGCCCGACGAUGACAGCAACGCCGCAGAGGAUGACGAGGCUUGAUGAGAGCAAUUUCAACAACGCAUGUUCGAGGCACGGUGCUUCGAGCCGAAGUCAUUUGGAUGCACGCAUUGGUGGGAGCGUGGAGGAGUGGGCCACGCAAGCGCAAAAACCGCCAAUAGACGCUGGUUUAACCCUGCCACGGUGGCGCUGACUGGUUGACACAACCGAUGCCAUGUAACAGACUAAGUCAUCGUGCAGGAUUAGCUCCAGCACGAGCGGAUAACUGGGAUCAACAUGCAGCGCUAGUAGGUCACGGGAGCACUUAUGCCAAAUGCAGUAUCCUCGGUCUUAUGAUGAGACUUGCUCG